CAAAUCAAUCAAUGAAUAGUUGCAGUGGCAAUUACGUACUUUCCUUGAUAAUUCCCGACCACCUCCUCUUCACUCUGGACGCCCCCCACUCUUUCCAGUUUUCCCCACCAUCUCGCUUUUCCCCCUUUUUUGAACUCAACUCAUUUUACUGUAAAGCAUUUCAAUUAUUUAGAGAGCUGCGAGAGUCAUGGCUUCUGGCGGCGGUAUUAGGAAUGGCAAUCACAAGGCAACGAAUCCGAGGACUUCAUCCUCUAUUAAAUCUAAGCUUCCACCUCCGACAUCUAAUCUCCGGCGCAGCAGCGUGUCCGCUCUCGGCGCUGGUGACGGCGUUUCCGGAAGAGUUCGAGUUUCCAUACGAUUGAGACCGCGGAAUGAUGAGGAAUUGGCAGCAGAUGCCGAUUUUGCUGAUUGUGUAGAGCUGCAACCUGAGCUUAAAAGGUUGAAACUAAGAAAAAACAACUGGGAUACGGAUACAUAUGAGUUUGAUGAGGUGUUCACCGAGUUUGCAUCACAAAAGCGUGUGUACGAGGUGGUUGCGAAACCUGUUGUGGAGAGUGUCUUGGAAGGUUACAAUGGGACAGUUAUGGCAUAUGGUCAGACUGGUACUGGGAAAACCUAUACUCUUGGAGAAUUGGGAGAUGAAGAUCACUCAACUCGUGGUAUUAUGGUUCGGUCAAUGGAAGACAUUCUUGAAAAUAUAAGUCCAGAUACUGACUCAGUCUCUGUAUCAUACUUGCAGCUUUAUAUGGAAACAAUCCAGGACCUCCUUAAUCCUGCAAACGAUAACAUUUCUAUAGUUGAAGACCAGAAAACUGGCGAUGUAUCCCUACCAGGGGCAACAGUUGUUGAUGUCCGAGGAAAGGGAAAUUUUAUGGAGCUACUACAGUUGGGGGAAGCUCAUAGAUAUGCUGCUAACACAAAGAUGAACACUGAAUCUUCUCGUAGUCAUGCUAUUCUCAUGGUGCACAUCAAGAGGUCUGUUUCUGUAAGGGAAACAGAUAUUUCUGCUGAUUUUGAUGAUCCUUCUCCCUUGGCUACUAAUUUUAAACCACCCAUGCUUCGAAAAGGAAAGCUCCUCCUCGUAGACCUUGCUGGUUCUGAACGUGUUCUUAAAUCUGGAAGUGAAGGGCAUAUGCUAGAAGAAGCCAAGUCUAUCAACCUUUCAUUAAGUGCAUUGGGGAAAUGCAUAAAUGCUUUGGCAGAAAAUAGUACUCAUGUUCCAGUCCGGGAUUCAAAACUAACACGGUUACUUAAGGACUCAUUUGGAGGCACAUCAAGAACGUCAUUAGUUGUGACCAUUGGUCCAUCGCCACGCCAUCGAGCAGAGACAGCAAGUACCAUUUUGUUUGGACAAAGGGCUAUGAAGGUGGAGAACAUGUUGAAAAUCAAGGAGGAGUUUGAUUACAGAAGUUUGUGUAAAAGGCUUGAGGUACAAGUUGACAAACUCAUUGCUGAAAAUGAAAGACAGCAAAAUGCUUUUGAGGAUGAGGUAAAGAGAAUCAGGUUAGAAGCGCAAAAGCACAUCUCUAAGGCCGAGCAAAACUGUGCAGAUGAACUAAAGGAAGAGAAAAUUCGGUGCCAGAUGGAAUAUAUGGAUUCAAUUAAGAAACUUGAAGAAAAGAUGCUUAAUCAACAGAGGCAUCCAGCCAAUGGUGUCACCGGUAAUGAAGAGAGUCACGGUGGGUUCACCAGUGAGGAUGUAUCUGAACUGAAGAAGUUGCUGCAGAAUGAAAUUCAAACAAGAAAGGCAGCAGAAGAGGAAAUCAGUAGCCUAAAAAAUCAGAUUAUGAAGAUAAAAAAACAAGAAUUAUCCGCUGGAAGCUCAGAUACUAUAUAUCUCCAAAAGCUGCUGGAAGAAGAGGCUAGUGAAAAGAAGAGGCUGGAAGACGAAGUGAUCCUCUUAAGAAGUCAAUUGUCUCAAUUGAAUUUGGAAGCUAGUCAGACUAGAAGCUAUGAUGAUAGAAGCAGAAAUGGCAAUUCGCUUUCUGGUCUGGAUUCUCUGUCUUCACUUAGACAUCUGCAGUAUAAAAAUGGCAAUAAUGGGGAGAGAGUGGCAAUAACCAAUCUCCAUGAACAAGUUGGGCUAAAUAAGAUUAUGUCAUUGCUGGAAUCAGAAGAUGCUAGUGUGCAGAUUCAUGCCGUGAAAGUGGUUGCCAACCUAGCAGCAGAAGAAGCGAAUCAGGAGAAAAUUGUUGAAGCUGGAGGUCUUACUUCACUGCUGAUGCUCCUUAGAAAAUCUGAGGAUGAGACAAUACGUAGAAUAGCUGCCGGUGCAAUUGCAAAUCUUGCAAUGAAUGAAGCAAAUCAGGAGCUUAUUAUGGCUCAUAGUGGGAUUAGUCUUUUGUCAAUGACAGCAGCUGAAGCUGAGGAUCCUCAGACUCUACGGAUGGUUGCUGGAGCCAUUGCUAAUCUAUGUGGCAAUGAUAAACUGCAGACGAGGUUAAGAACAGAAGGUGGUAUAAGGGCUUUGCUAGGAAUGGUGAGGUGCAGACAUCCUGAUGUUCUUUCCCAAGUUGCACGUGGAAUUGCCAAUUUUGCCAAGUGUGAGUCCAGAGCUUCUUCGCAGGGCAUAAAACUUGGACGGUCCCUUCUAAUAGAAGAUGGGGCACUACCAUGGAUUGUGCAAAAUGCCAAUAAUGAAGCCUCACUUAUUAGACGACACGUGGAGCUUGCACUUUGCCACCUCGCACAACAUGAAGUAAAUGCAAAAGACAUGAUUAGCGGGGGAGCCCUCUGGGAGCUGUAUCGUAUCUCACGUGACUGCACACGUGAUGACAUAAAGUUACUUGCACGCCAGACGCUGGCUUCAAGCCCAACAUUUUUAUCCGAAAUGCGGCGCUUGCAUAUAGAUGUAUAGACGGAUGAUGGUGGGUUCAAGUACCCAAUGGAAAAUUUCAACCAUAUUUGCCAAAUUUGACUAACCAGUUAUUAGAAGAAGGGGGCGGCUGUCUUUGCAAACAUAGAUCAGCAUCUUGUUUGUUCAUAUCCAUUCAUUUUUUGUUGGUUGAAGUUAUACUACUAGUGACAUCUCGUGUGUUGUAACAUAUAUAUGAAUGAAUAGAGGUAAAUUUAAUGAUAUUUACUAGUUCAAUCGUUCCACUUAAAGUUUCUCCUAGUUUCACAUAUUAGUACUUUAGUAGUCAUUUUGAAAGUCCGAUGUUGCGUCAGGCACUGUGGUUGGUUUAAGAUCGUCAGAUGGAAGCACUCAAGUUCUGAUGAGAAACUUUCAGUUUUGAAUUAUGCUAGAGGUACAUAACACUAUUAUAGAAAUUCUUAUAAAAAAAGAUAUGUGAGUAUCUUAUUGUUUAGCACAUGAGCACAUUACAUUACUUUUACAUCAAAGAUGGAUUGCAAUAUCCACACUUGUGUGUAAGUUUUUUUUUUUGUAAGUUUGUGUUUUUAGCAUUUUUCUUCAAUUUUCCACUCCAGCAAACUGUGGCAAAGUAUUAGUUUUUACAUAUGGACCUAGUCAGAUUUUCUAGCUCAGUU